GUCAAUAUUGAGCUUCCAAGAUACACCUGUCGCGCUUAUCGGCGGACAUCAUGGUCAUAUGCGCCACGACAUGGUUGUAUUAUUCGAAAUGCUAUACUGAAGGUUUUUUCUGCUCUUGACACGUGGCAGCCCACAGGUGGUCUGACCAUAGAGCCAAACGCCUAUUUACCCAGCGAGUCGGGACGUUGGUUGGAAAACCAUCAUUUUGGAGACGAGUACGAAGAUGAUGGAGACGAGUACGAAGAUGAUGGAGACUUUGUCUAUCACCAGAUGGCGUGCGGCUGGGUUCAUGGUCAGCAGGCCGAGGCUCCUCCUGCGUCAGCUAUAUUGCGACUCUGCUCCAAGCUCUGCCUCGAGCUC